CGGGGGCGGGGCCGGGGCGGGGCCGGGCCGGGACCUGCAGACGGCGGCGCCCCUUCUUCAGGUGUUGCGGUGGUUCCACGUCGCCAGGCGGUCCGCGGCUUCCGUGAGCUCAGGCUUCCCUCAGCGUCCGGAGCGCCGGCCCUUCGGCUCCCGCGCGGCCAUGGCGGGGCCGGGCCCGGGCCCGGGGGACCCGGACGAGCAGUACGAUUUCCUGUUCAAGCUGGUGCUGGUGGGCGACGCGAGCGUGGGCAAGACGUGCGUGGUGCAGCGCUUCAAGACCGGCGCCUUCUCGGAGCGCCAGGGCAGCACCAUCGGCGUCGACUUCACCAUGAAGACGCUGGAGAUCCAGGGCAAGCGGGUCAAGCUGCAGAUCUGGGACACAGCUGGCCAGGAGCGAUUCCGCACCAUCACCCAGAGCUACUACCGCAGUGCCAACGGGGCCAUCCUUGCUUACGACAUUACCAAGAGGAGCUCCUUUCUGUCAGUACCUCACUGGAUCGAGGAUGUGAGGAAGUAUGCAGGCUCGAACAUCGUGCAGCUGCUGAUUGGGAACAAGUCGGACCUGGGCGAGCUCCGGGAGGUCCCGCUGGCCGAGGCGCAGAGCCUGGCAGAGCACUACGACAUCCUGUGUGCCAUUGAGACAUCCGCCAAGGACUCGAGCAACGUGGAGGAGGCCUUCGUGAGGGUGGCCACGGAGCUGGUCGUCAGGCACGGCGGCCCUCUGCUCAGCGAGAAGGGCACCGACCACAUCCAGCUGGACAGCAAGGACGUCGGGGAGAGCUGGGGUUGUGGCUGCUGACCGGGGGACAGGGCAGGCAGGCAGGGCCCUCCCCACCUCCUCUCUCUUUCUUUCUCUCUCUCUCUCUCUCUCUGGCCUGCCAGGCCCCCCUCCAGAGCUGGCCCUCCAUGGCGCCAGUGAUUCUAGAGCAGCCAGAUAAAGUCCUGGAAUGAUCCAUUCCGUGGCCUGGGUACUUGAUGGGAAGGCUACCUUCGAGGAAGGAAGAAGCGGGUAUCAUACCGGGUAUCAGGUGUGGGGCCCAUUCUACCAGCCAGGGACUGUCCCCUCUGCAUCCUUCACAGUCCAAGACUGGCUCCAGGCCUGCCGGGGUGGACCACCAUAGGAGAAGGGGCCAGGACGUGCCUCCCCUGCUCAGCACCAACUGGUUCUGACCAUUCCACUCCUUGCAUUUUGCUGCGGCUAUGGCGGCAGGUGGCUGCCUCCAGGGAUGCAGCUGGUGCGUUGGGUUCUUCGGAGUCAUUCCAGGGCCUCUGUGCGUGAGCCUCAGAGCACGAGAAAAACCGGGCCGACAGACUUGGUUCCUGAGCCCCAGGGAAGCCCUAGCUCUUUCUGGGCAAGGAACCUUCUUCCUUCCUUCACUGCCAGCUCUAAGCUCAGAGAUAGCUUGGGGUUUGGCUUGCUGCCUUAGCAAGACCUCUCAAGUUUUCUCGUUUUCCAUGUAGCUUCUUGUUUGCAGCGGCAUGAGCAUGGGGUCAGGGCCCGCAGCCAAGCAGGGACUGUCUGCUGACUUGGGGCCCAAAGUUUUGCCUCUCAGGUUGCAAAACCAGCUGAUUCUUCAGCACUGACUCUCAGAACUUGGGGGGUUAAGAGGUAGGAAUGUGGACAUUUAAGGGAAAAGGCUGAGGCUAAGGUCUGAGAGGGAUGCUCGGGAUGCCUAGUCUGACCUGUGCAGAAGCCCUUCCUGCCACCCGUGCAGCCGUAGAGUGACAGCUCGCCCACUGCUCCCAGUCUAGUUUGUGGUUUCCGGGACGAAGAAGGCAAGGCCCUGGCAGUUCUGGGUCUGGCCAUGUCCUCCUCCUGGGGCUCUGGGAAGCACACCAGCCUCUGGGGGUAGUUCAGAGGAUCACAGAGACUGAGCUGGGGGAGGCAGGUGAUCUUCCCGUACCACCCAGGCCCUCCGUGUCAGCCCGGUUUAGUCCCUUAGGUAGCCCUCUGUAAGGAGCCCCAGGAAGGACACUGCCAUCAGAGCCAUUUGGCAUAUCACAAGCUCACAUCGUGGAUGUGGAGCCCAGGCAGCGCCCUGGGCCCAGCCCCGGCCCUCCAGUGGUGGGCCACAGGUCUCCAACUGACUUCCCUUGCCUUCCACUUCCCAUCCUUUGGCCUGCGUCACCCCCUCUCGCAGCCAGGCCUGACUGCAGAGCCAGAAGCCAGAUCUUCUGCAGCAGCCAGACCCACAGCAGUCUGGUGAAGUAGGGUCGGGCAUGGAAGGCUUCCCUGGCUGAGACCAAGACAAGCAGGGCUGGUGACUCCCUUUCAGGCAGGGAGGCAGCCCUGGGAUUGGCUGAGCCUGGUUCUGGAGAGGAAGGAUGUGGUCUGGUUGGACCAGGAGCUACUGAGCAGGGGCCUGCGCUGAGGGGAACCAGCUCACUGGUGGCCGGGUGGGGUGGCACCUGAGAGUAAGAAGGCCACCUGGCUUCCUUCUUCAGUGGCUUUGCCAGGGGAUGGGGUGAGUGGGGCCUGGAGCCCAGCUGCUGGCAGGAAGAACUGGUGUCUGCCACGCCCCUUCACCGCAGUGCCUGGGCUCUACCUGCAAAGUAGAAUGUGUCUGUGACUAAUGCACAUUCAGGCCAAGGGCAGAGGUCUUCCGCCCUAUGACCUCUGCUGGGGGGUGAUGUUUGUGCAGGCUGGAAGAGAAAUCUCAGGAAGCCUGACCUUGCAAAGACCUGCUGCUUUGGAGAGUGGUGGCAAGGGUGCAGAGGGCCUUGGAGUGCAGGCCUGGGCCUACCCCCAUGAUUGACUUGCAGCCUCAGUUCCUGCUGAGCCCAGAUACGGACCCUGCCCCUUGUUACCUGCUGUCUCUGUGCCUCAGGGUUGGAUUGCUAGGGAACACGGGAGGCCCUUCCAUUCCACCUCCUUCACAGGGAUGCCCUUGGGAGGCACAGCAACAGGUAGCUGGCUGGUGACAGGGGCUUGGACUAUGAACCAUCCUCCUGCUCCAGACCCCAGGGUUAGAGGCCGAAACCUUGCAGGGGCUUGGUCGAGAAGGGAAGAGAGCAGCCGGCUCAUCUAGGACCAGGGAGGUUUCUGCCCACUGGCAGCUUUUAGCUCACCUAGCAACACUGAAAACACUUCCCUUUCCUGCCUUUCUCAGUCCCAGGGUGUCUUGCCACCACGGCCUCCAGGGGUUUAGCUUAGAAAUCCAGGGGUUGUCUUAGGUUCCUCACUCUCUCUCCCUACCCUAGCACAGUGCUAGGAUCCCACUUUCACUCUGCCCCCUGCCCCCGCUCUGGACAGGCCCCAGCCUCCCCAGCACACCUCAUGGACCUCCUGGGCCCCUGGGCUUCUAGCUUGGGCAGCCCGAGGCACCCUCCUGCUGCGGUCAGUGUGGCAGUAGCAAAAGGUCAUACUGAUGCUGUCCCCUCACCUUUUGGGGUACCAGGGACCCUCAGGAUACAGUCCAGGCUCUGGAUGUCCAUGGCCUCCACAGCUCUGCCCUGGCUUCUCCCUAGCACCCUGUCCCCCAGGAGCACCCUCUGUCCAGGCCAUCCCUUCCCAUCCACUCACCCACUCAUCCAGCCUUUAUUUGUGUCAUUUAGAGUCCCACAAAUGACCCACUUGGACACCUCUGAGAACUGGCCCCACCCCAAGCUGGUCCCUUGCUCACAGUAUCCCUUGGCAAAGAUUGAGUUCUUUGUCACCCUCUGCCUCAGCGGGAACCAUUUCCUACAGGCUCAAAUAGAGCAUUUACAAGCUUCAGGCCCAGAUACAAAUGUUUGUGCUCAGGGCCCGACGCUGGUGUGGCCUUGACUGCACACCGGCUGCGCUGCCUGCCUGUAGGGCCCUGUUGGCCAGAGGCCUCACCGUCUCCUGGGUCUCCAUCUUUUGUCACAUGGGGACCCGUACUUGGGUAGGAGAAAGUGGGGAAGUGUUGAGAAAUAAUACAACCCACCUCGGUUUCCUCCCGCAGCAGGCCUGGGGCUUCUGGGGCCAUAGAGCUUCAACUCUUCCUCUGUUUAUAAAUUACCCAAGAGCAGGAACAGGUCGGGGCAGGGGGUAGGGUGUGGAAGAGGAGGCAGGGGACAGAGGGCAUGGAAGUGUCCUGGCAGCCAGCAGGCCCGGGGAGAGCACCCUCUGUGGGGGUGCAGCCAGUGCGACACAGGCUGAAGAGCAAGAAGACAAGGGACACGGAUCAUGAUUACCGAACCGGAGAGGUGGGGCCCUGUUCUUCCAGAAGAGGGGUUCGUGGACAUCAGGCCCCAGAAGGCACGGAGCUGGAGGAAGCUCCUAAUUCAUAUUGAAUUCAGUUACUCUUUCCCAGGAGGGCUGCCAGGGCUGGGGCCUGGGACCCUCCACACCCUGCUGGCCUGGACCGUUGGGCCGUGGGGAGGGCCUCCACUAAGCCCAAGGAUGCCAUUUGCAUUGGGGGGGAUUUUUCACAUUUCCUAUUUAUGAUACAUAAAUCUUUAUAGCAAAUCUAUUUUUUUUGAAACAUGGAAAAGUUGCCUUUAUGGAAACGGCAGAGCCAGAAUGUACACAUUCCUAAACCAUUAAACAGAUUUCUGCAAAGAGCUGAUGGUGCCCAAGACUGGUUCUGUCCACCACUGAGCCUAGAGCUGGCCCAGGUGGCCAUGUCUCCACAGAUGGUUCCACUGGCCCAGCGGGCUUCCCUAACUAGUCUCCAGGCCCAGAGUGAGGGUGGGGUGGGGUGGGGUGGGGUGGGGUGGGCCUACACACGCCUACAGGCCUUGUGUUGUCCUGUUAAGACUUCUCUGCCCCAGACCCAUAUGGGAUCCUUUAGCAGAGAAGCAGUGAGUGCCUAAGGGGCAGGAAGGAGCUUGAGUUGAUGUAACUGUGUGACCUUGGGCAAGUUACUGCACUUCUCUGGGCCUCAGGUGCCUUCAGCUGGGUUUGAGCUGCGGAGGCAGAUUGAGGCUUAUGAUUGAGCAAUAAUCAGGCGCGCCAGGCCUGGGAUCUCCGAUCCACAACCCUGUGGGAAGGUAUUACUAUCCUUGUUCUUUGCAGAUGAGCCAACCGGCUCAGGGGUUGGGAGUUCCUUGCCCCGGCAUUGAAGCCGGAACAAGUCAGAACUUUUAUUCCUAGUCAGCAGAGCCCCCUCGAGGGCCAGACUGGUUCUGCUCACUGUUAUGUUCCCAGGGCAGAGAAUGGUUUCGGCACAUAGUAGGGAGUGGUGCCUCACUGGGACUCUUGGCACCAGGAAGUCCAUGAACUCCUAGCCCACCCAGGUACUCUGGGGUCUGUUCCCAGUCAUUCUCAGAAGGGCGCCUCUGCUGACAUGGGGGCCAGAUAAAGAUUGCAUGGCACGGCUGCUCACUGUGGCUGGGUCCUACUGUACUUGGUCUCUACUCGGUCUGCCACGCCCCGCUCUAUGACAGACGGACAUCGUGGAGGUCAGACCAACCUCCAGCCAAAUCCCAGGUCUGCUGUGACUAGUUGUGUGACCUUGGGCCUUGGGCCUCGGUUUCCUCAGAUAUGGGACACUCAUUCCUGUACUGCCUGCAUCCUGGCAAGCCACUGUAAGACCCCAGCUGGACAGGCUCUGGACACAGUGGGGCUGGAGCAGGGGCUCUGGUGUCUGGCUCUGUUCCAGGGGUUAGAAGCCUGGUAACUCCACUGACUGAGGGAUGGAGGCCCGGAGCCUGGGCCUUCCAGAGGGGUCACACUCCAGGCAUUUCCAGUCCCCUUUUCCAGGGAGAAGAAAUGCCUACAGUUUGGAUUUCCUGCUGUCCUUGAAUGCUGGGCAGCCCCCAAGCCUACAUGUGCCCUUUGGAAGAAAAACCCCCAAGGGAGUGGUCUGAGCCAGGCCACUACACACCCCAAAGAGACUAUGAUGAGGGCCCUCGCUUGCCUCUGCCUGCACCGUAGCACUGCCGGACCCUGGGACAAAGUCCUGGGCUUUAAAACAGGGAAACUAUGGCCAGGGGCCUAGGUCCCAGAGCUGAGCCUGGCUCUGCCCCUCCCUCCCCUGGGGGUUCCCAAAGCUGCAACCCCGCCUCUCCCCUGCUCCCUGCACACAUUCACCCAGGGGCUCAGCUGAGGGGGGGACAAGCCAGCCCUGCCUUGAGGGAAGCCAGGAGGCAAGGUGUCCCCACCCCAGUCACACCCCCUCUCCUCACCCUCCAUUGCCCUUCCCGUGCAGCCAUUCCCUCCCCAGCCAGCCUCUGCCUGCCCUGUCUCCGGCCUCCUGUCUCCACAACCAGCUCCACGCACUUUCCUAAGGCAGGUCACACACUACUCAGCUCAGCUCCUUGCUUGGAUCUGCGUAGCUCCCUGCUGCCUUCAGGCUCCCUCAAGGGGCCUGUCCUGGCUGGCCAUGGCCUGGCUAGCCUCUCCCCUGACACUUGGCCAGCCCCAGCCACAUGGGGCUCUGCUGUUCCCUGACCCCGCUGCUCCCCUGACAGGCAGACCCCCAGACCCGCCCAAAAAGCCCAACUCCCCCCUGUGUCACAGGCUUCCCCAAGCAGGGCCUCCUGUUGAUACACAGUCUGAGUUGGGGCCCAGACCCAAAGGACAGCCCCCUAGUCCUGAUGCUGACUCCCAGACCCUCCCAGGAUCCCUACAGAGUACAUGGAGCACCCCACACCCCGACACACACAGCCCUGGAGACUGCUGUGUCCCAUCUCUACUGGAAAGAAUAGACCCAGCCCAGAGGGCAGCCUUGGCUCUGACUGUUGCUUCCUGGGCAUCUGUGGUGUGCUCUGACCAGGGCCACCUUGGGGGCCUCCCCAGCCUCUGCCCUGAGAGGGAGCCCGGGAUGUGUCCCACACCUCCCAAACCCGGGCCUUGUGCUUCAGGCCUCUGUCCCCAGUGGGGACUCUGCACCUGGCAUCCUGCUGUGACCAUUGCCUCAGUUCGGUUCCAGGGAACAAGCUGCAGACAUGGAGCUUCCCAGUUCCCAGUUCCCAGUUCAGAGCUGCUUACUCAUCAGUGCAGGGUCAACAGUACUUACAAGGGAGCUGGAGGGUCUGGUGCAGUGCUGAGGGGAUGUCAGGAGAUGCGGGUCUGGCGGAGGAGGUCAGGAGAGAGGGCGGACAGGGGGCUGGUGAGUUAGGUCCUGGAAGCUGGGUGAGUGGGGCCAGCAUGCUCCAGGCUUCUGCUCGACAUGUGGUCGUCCAGUAGCCCGGUGUCCUCCAGGAGCUGGUUAGAAAGGCAGGAUCUCAGUGUCCAUGCCAGAGGUCCCGAUUCAGAAUCUGGAUUAUAGUAAGAUCCACGAGGUUAGAGUUGGAGGAACGCUGGUCUACACAGCCUGCCCACUGGUGGCCCCUGGGCAGGCCUUCCUGUCUCAGAAGUUUUAAGGUUCUUCCCAGAAAAGAAGGCGUGAAGGUUCUUGCCAAUUCUCCCUGAAGUGUGUUUCCAUCCUCUGGAGGGUUGUGCCUCAAUCCCCUGAAGUCCUGGGAGGGACCCUUGGAUUCCGUGGGGUGGGACUGUGGCUGGACUGACAGGUAUGCAUUUGACAAAAGGGACCCGAUUCUGAGUGGACGUUUUUGAAAAUAAUAGAAGUCUUAUGGCGAUUUAUCUCCAGGAAUGAAUCUUAAGAACAAUAAAACCUCUAUGCAUAAGAAUAUCCACAACAGCCUUAUUUCUAUACAAGGGGAAACUGGGAGGCAGCCACCCCUCGCUGCGGAGUAUUUUAGACCAUAUGUCUGAGCGUUGGAGGUGGAGGACAAUCUCAACGAAGGACUGGGGAACUUGGGUCUUCCUUCUGCCUUUCCACACUUUCCAGUUUUCUAUGAUCCACACCAACUACACUUGUCAUAGAAGGACACAGUGUACUUCAGAAAAGUCAUGAAAACAACGUAACAUUCGGAAACCGUGAUGCCAGUCACAGACGGGAUGCAUUUCACCCAAUCUGGUCACUGUGAAUCUAAAAACAAGCAAACAAGCAGAACCUUAAGGCCAUUACCCCACCCAACAAAAGUAAUCAUAAUUCCAAGUCCUCCUGGAUCUGUCCAUAUGCAAAUUCACCAAUUGCUCAAAAAAAA